AUGGUUCAGAUUAAGAUCUCAAUGCUGUUCACAACCUUGGGCAUCAUGAGCGCCAGUGUUGGCUGCUCUGCGGCAACCGUCACAAACAGCCUGCUACUGGCCGAUAUUGCUCAGCAGCUAUCCCUGCCAGCAACGACAUGGUCAGCCAGCGGCACACACACGGCGAAGGGAUACAUUAGCGAGUCGGCAGAGACGGCCUCUGUGGGAGGCUUGAAGCAGGAUUGCGACAAUAUCAACCUCAACAAGAAGUUGGCUGUCGACUUCCGCAGCGAUGUGUUUGGUCCCGGGGUUACGGGAUUCUUCUACAAGUGUGAGAAGGUCAGCGAUGACACAAACAACUAUUGGUUUACUAUCAGUGCUGGUGACAAGACCCAAAUCGACAAGCUUUGUGAUCCCGAUACUACCUAUCCCAUUGUCUAUGAUCAGCAGCAUGAUACUUGGUUCAUUGACGAGCCUUUUGACUGUACUCGACGGGCCAAUCCGACAGACUUCUUUUAA